AGAGGUUCAGUGCUCAACUUCAAAGGUGAAAGGUGGGCAUCGUAGCACAUUGUGUGCGCAUCGCUGUGCCACACUGUGCUUGCACUCCGGCCCUCGAAUGACUGCAAGCUGCAGCGAGGGCCGCGAGGGCAAUGAAGAUUGGAGAGACGGGCACCAACUUCCCUGGCGUCCAGUACAUCCAGUGAAGGUUUCGGAGGUGCAAUUGAAUACUCGCCCUUUUCACCAGCAGGAAACAGCACUUGUAGCACCUGGGGCACCAAUAGCUGUCGCAACAACACUUGGCAGACGACCUGCCAGCACUCUGAAGCUCUCUGAGCACUUGGGCUCUGGCACGAUGGGCACGUUGGGCACGUUGGGCAUGUGGCUACCUGCAGCAUCUGCAUCUACAGCACCUGCAUCGUCAUCAGCGUUUGCCGUGCCAGGGCCGAAAAUGCCGGAAGCUUUCGCGGCAUCCAGUGCUUCCCGACCACCACCAGGCCUUGAACUUCCUCAAACAUUGCUUGAGUCCUUCCAUGCAGCCAGGCCUCGUCUCACAAAGAGAAUGAAACGCAUGGCUCUUACGAACUUGAUUCGAACGCCAGAAGGUGCAGAGGAAAUUUCCUUAAAACUGGACUCUGCAACGCAUAGCUUCUGCGCAGAAUUGGUGGCUGCCAUUCUGCCUGAACUGCCAAACCUGGCAUGUGAUCCUCAUGGAAUCCAGGUUCUUUCAAAACUUCUUGCUCUUCCUACCCUAAGCCAGGAGCUUCGCUGCAAGCUUGCCCAGCGGUUGCAGGGCUCAAUUCUCAAGCUCACCAAGGACAAGUAUGGAUGCUGGUUUGUUCAGCAAGCGAUACAGCAUGUCCCGUCAGAGCUUCAAGAAAUGAUUCAAGCAGAAUUGAAAGGCAAGAUUUUGGUUUGCAGCCAACAUUUGCAUGGCAACUUUGUCUUGCAAAAAUGUGUGGAGCUGCUUCCUGGGAGCAUUUCUUUCAUCAUCAAGGAGCUCAAGAACCAUGUUCUCGAAGCGGCAUUGCACGUGUACUCUUGCCGAGUUCUGCAGAGACUUAUCGAACACUGCAAGCAUGAGCGACCUGACAUGGCUGGGCUUUUCGACAUUUUGUUGCGGCCUGACACUUUGCAAAAGUUAGUGCUCGAUCCGUACGGCAACAAUGUAGUGCGAGCAGUGUUGGCAUGCGGAAAUAGACAGCAUGUGCAAAAAAUUGUCAAGGUUUUCCUGUGUGGAGAAGCAGAAUUGAUAGUCUAUGCUCGGAAUCGGCAUGGCAGUCUCGUGCUCGAGAGAUGUCUCGAGAGUUUGAAUUGUGAUCACAAGGAGCUUUUGACAGAGAGGAAUGCAUUGAUGAGUGCCAUACUGGGCACAGAAGAUGCUUCCCUGUUUUCGCAGAUAGCUUUGGAUAGGUUUGGGAAUUACAUCGUGCAGAGGACUAUCGAGAUUUGUGAAGGUCCAGAGCAGCAACGUGUUCAAGAGCUUUUGAAUGGCCUUGGUCACAAGCUGCGGCGUUCAGUAAAUGGAAGGCACAUUUUGCAAGCAGCUCGGAAGAAGUUUGGCUCGUUUGCUUUCGGCCCUUGCGGCCCUUGCGGCUCAACACUCGGUGUUACCCCUGAGGACCUCACGGACCUCACGGACCUCACGGACCUGGCAAGCUCGGUGUGAUCGGCUUCACAUCGCUUCAGAGUUUACUUGCGCACCUGACGCAAGUAACUUUGGAGCAGAUUCUACUUGAUUCUACAAAUUCUACAUGCAUAGACAGUGCAUAGAGUGAAUAGAAAGUGCAUAGAGUUGUACAGCUGAAUUUGUUGUAAUUGCCCCGUGACAGCUACCACUGAUGCAGGGACUCAAAACGCCUGAAAGGACGCAGGUCCUUGUGGUAUGACUAACAGGGCUGAGGCUCUUUGUGUAGCCGCCUCGAAAGAGCCAGAUACCAACGGACGUUUUCGUCCAAAUGCGGAGACCGUCCAAUUUUUUACGCAAGAUCUUUAGUUCUCUAAACGGGGAAAGAACUGGGACUGGUCGCGGCUGUCAAAAUGCUUCCGUUUGAAUUUGCGAAGCGACAGCUCGGUUGGACUCCGCCCGGGGGCUCCUUACACCUCGAAGGAGGGAUGAGCACGAUGAAUGCGAAGUGAGGAGCUCUGAGAUAUACAGCAGAGCUUUCUGGAUUUUGCCGCAAGCUUUGCUUAGAGGCUUAGCUGUGCAAUCAUGGCCAUACCUAUGGUAGCGGCCUUGUGUGCUUAGUAGAAAA